UAUGAAAUACAAACACGGAGAACACAAAUGCACAAGGUUAAAGUAUUAUAGCAACCACAAACAGAAAUUAGCCAAGCAGAUCGAGCAAUUAAAAUUCUUGUUAGAAUGCAAGAAAUUUGAGCUGACCCCCAAACAUCUGACAAAAUCGGUUAAAAACACAACAAUAAAUAGCACAUCCCAAAAUAUAAAACAGAAAAUAGAAAAAACUAAACAAAUCUUCCUCAUGAAAAUGCUGAACAUAGAAAUAACACAAACAAACAUGAAUAUGAGAGCAGCAAAAAAUAAUUUGCACCACACAGAAAUCCAACUAAAGCGCACACUAAGUGAAUCGGAGUUUAUCAAGUUCAUACAAAAACAAAACCUUUUAUGUAAUAAGAUCGCGAAGGAGAAAGAAUCAACUCUCACCUCUAAAAUUGAGAAAAUAAAACAGGAAAGAAUGCGAAAACUAGGCAUAAACAUCAACGACAACUGGUUCGCAAACAAAACCAGCAUCGUCUUUCCCCAGGAGGUGAAGUGACUCCCCUCAUUAGGAAAGAAAUUCACGCUGCCAACAACAAAAUCCAACUUCUCGGCAGUUCACACGAUUGCAGAAAUGGAGCAAGUGAUUCAGACGAUAAGUCAUGAUAGAGAAAAAGAAUUAGCGAGAAAUAAAGUAAGCAAUAGGAUUUUACAAUUCAAACGCAAUAUAAAAAACAAUGUAGCCGAAAAGUUCAUUUUAGAAGCAUACAAAAAAACAAAAACUUUCCUCCAAGCACACACUAACAACAUCAUCAUAACAGACGCAGACAAGGGGAAUAAAACAGUGGCAAUGUACAAAACAGAAUACGUAGAAAAAAUAGAAAACCUACUAGGAGACAAGAACACGUACAAAACAAUACGAGCAGAUCCCACAAAUACUUUGCAAAGAAAAAAUAACAACAUAGUGGAUGA